UUGAGUAUAAGCUGUGGCCGUGUGUGGUGCUCCUCGAGCUGUGAGUUAUGCAGGGGCCCCAUAUACAAGGGCCCUCUGUCCCCCAAGUCUGGAAACCAGCUCGUGAUUGCAGCUAGAAAUCCCCGAGAGCACGAGUUUAGCUUUUGUGUUUGCUGUGAAACAAUGCGAGCUUUGUGCUGAGGAGUUAUGACGGAAGUCAAGAUCUGGGUGGACCGUGUUCAACGAGUGAUUUCGGGAGUGACCCCCGCGACGACCGUCGGCGAUUUGUUGGCCAUCCUGUCACGCUCACAAAUGUUGUCAUCUCCGUCUUCAUCAUUCGUGGGCGGAGAAUACUCGGGCCCAAGGCGAGAUUGUCUCGUUCUCAGGAGAGACGGAAUGGAACACAUGCUGAGCCCGUCCGAUAGACCGCUCAGACUCCUGGCCCACUCAGGAGGACACCUUAUCUACAGGCCCGCGGCGCCGAUCGUGGAGCCGCAGUCCUCGGUAGGAGGUGGAAUCCCCCUGAAGCCGGGAAUUACCCACGUCCAGCUCAGAUCAAACGCUAUCGAAACAGCAUUGAAACGUCAAACAAAGUCGGCCCCGCUCCUCAAGCCACCGUCCGUCGCACCGAAACAUGUCCUACAACAGCCUCAGCAGCAUGUGUCGAGGUUGGAUGGAGGGGGAAAUUCGACGACAACGAACACGACGACGGCGUCAACGACGACGACAACGACGAUACAAAUGUCGCAGCUGAAUAUCAAACAACCUACUCAGCAGCAAACAACUCGAAACCUCAAUAAGACUACAAGCUACUCAGGGGCGUACGGCGAUAAGGUUGACUCUCAGGAGGAAGGACGGGAACCGGCACCCUCGGAACGACUGAUGCCUCCACCGUACGAGCAAGCUAUAAGGUCUUCCUGCCGGCGGCGUCCCGCUGAUCUCGAUCUUCUCAUUAGGACCCAGCAGGAGAAACUCAAUUCGCAGGCCAAAAAGUUGGAAGAGAUGGAUCGGGAAAUCGCGAUACUCGAGUCGAACCUGCAGAAUCGCGAGCGAGAGAACGUGGCCAUCUAUCCUGAAUGUCAGGAUUUAGACAGAAGACUUACCGCCUGCGAAGCUCGGUUGAAUCUUGCGCAGAAGGAGGAGGCCUCGUUACAGACCGAGAUAUUCGCGACUAAAGCCAAGAUCGAACGGCUUACCAUCGACAUGGAGAGCUACAUGACGCGCGAAUGUGAGCUGGUCACCAAAGCUCUCGAUGUUGUUCCUACGCCGCAGCAGGAUUUACCGCUCGAUGAGAAACACCGACAGAUCGUAGCUUCGCUCCAGCAGGAAGUCCGGGACGUACAGCGACAAGCUCGACAACUGUCCGAACAACUCAAAAAAGAAAAUCUGAAAGGACUAAUGAUGGUUAAUCCGGAGGAACUGGCGGAGGGCGCAGAGGGCAUUCUAGGAGGCGCGACGGGAUCGGGGCUCGGAAAUGUCACCGUGAGGACAUUAGGAGGCUCUUCCCGGAGAAAAGUGCCUCCCAAGGGCCCUCGCCAGCUCGGCCAAGAGAUGGCCUCCCCCACUCAGACCCAUCCAAUCGGCGUUUGGGUCUGAACAACGUUCAGCUCAAAAUAUUCGCCGCACUCAAAACCGC